AUGACUCAAGAGGCUCCAUUGGAUCUACAGGUUCCCAGUAAAAAGCUCCGUCUAAAUGAAGAACGAGUCCCUCUUUCUUUUGCUGAGACUAUAGGCCACGAGGGUGCUUUCGCCUGCUCAGCAUUCGAUUCCUUCCCGCCUGCUUCGUGGCGGGCUCGACGUCUUCAGGCCUCUGCCGACCAGGGAAUGCGUGGACUUUCAUCUGCCCCUUAUUCAGCUUUAUCGAAUGGAUUCUGCGAUUCACCCCUUGCACUUAUUCCCCCAAAUAGUGGGUCUCAAGCAGAUUCAAUUUCUGACAUUUCGGCUUCUACAGCCGUCAUCAAGUCUUCUGUUGGACACAAAUGUUGGCAAACGAUGGCUCCUCAAGUUAAUUCUUCUACCUCUGAUCACCAAACCUCCUUGUUAGACCCGAAUCAAAAUAUUUUUGAAAAGGUAGCAUCACCCUGCGGACAAGUAGAGUCAAUUUGGCAAGCGGUUGCCCUCUGCCUUCUCAUUUCACGGUCAGAAGCUAUCAAAAAAGCACUCAGAUCUGACUCUACAGGUCAAGAUCCCAAUUCAGAUAUUUUCAUUCCGAACAAACUAGUCGACUAUUCUUCGGUGAUCUACGACAUUAUUAAUCACCAUCCUAUUCUUUCUGAUUCCUCCUCUCUUCCUAUUACUCUUACUUCUUCUAUCGAUCACUCUCUUCUUCACUCUCCUCUACCACUACAACCGGACUUAUUGUAUCCAACCUCGGUCGAUGGUUCCCAUUCUCAGAAUCUUCAACUACCCAAGGCAGUUCCUGUUUCUAGUCCUUUAUCCGGUCUCGAUCUGACAAAAGAUCCAUUUCCGUGCCCAAACACUAAAGCUGGGCUCAUCUCGACCAAUACUUUAUCACCAGAUGCAUUACUUUAUUUUUUGCGCAAUCAUAACUUUUUAGGCUCUUCUAUAUGCGAGAAGGCUGCCGACGGCUCAAAUCCAGACAUCUGGCCUCCAGAGUUACUAAGUGGAACCUGGCCAUCAUUAACAGAGAAUAACGUCAACUUCGGACAUAAAACUAACCAUUCUAGCGACCUGGAUCCAAAUUGUAAUAUGUCUUCUAAUCAAAGCGUGAGUGGCACUAAAAGGAAGAGCCAUCUUCCCAUUCGUCAGACCGAGGCCCUGUCUCUCAAAAGACAAGUUGUUCUCUCUCCCUCACUAGGAUCUUCCUCAUUAUCGGGAUGUGGACCGGGGAGUACCACCGGAUUUGGAAAUUGUUCUUCAUCUUCCCAGAGAUUCCUUCUUCCAUCCGACAACCCGCAUCGCCUUCAGAUUGGAUCAGCCUGUCCUCCAAUUAUUCUGCCUGCAUGUGGUCCUAUUGGCCUAAACCCAGCUUCAUUAGCAGAAUCGGAUUGUGUGUGUUUCGAAUCCGGAAAGAAAUCGGUUUCGUUGGAAAACCAAGAAACUGGUGUUCAUUAUCAACACGGAGAUUCAUUUGGCUAUAAUUUAGACUCAGUAUCGAGUCCUUCAUCAAGUUUGUCUGGCCCUGUGUGUUCCGGACCCAGUAAGCCAUGCUCUAUGGGUCGAAUAAGGGCGGCUGUCACUACUUCACCUCAUCUUUGCCGAAUGCAAUCGAAGCCUGACGCCAGAGCGCUUGAGGAUCGACCUCACGCAAUCGAUUCACCUGCCAAAGGAGCCCAGCUAAUUCAUCUCGGGCGGGCUUCAUCCGGACCUUGUUGGAGCGAAUCCAGUCCAAGCGUUCUGUCAGAGCCGGCCGUCUCAACAAAGGGGCGUCAGAUUCCCACUUACUCGGUUUCAGGAGGACUGGAUGGUUGUGCUGUCUGCCUACAAGCACGAGAGGAGCUUUUAUCUGGCCUUAAUCUAACUACAGACUUAAGUAUGCCUUUAAAUGGCGGUACGAAAGCCACGUCGCCGCUUCUACUCCAAGUAGGUUCUGAAAUGUGA